CCUGCCCCCCUGGAACUCUGUCAAGGGGACCACCCAGCUGUAUGAAGGAAAAUAAUCUUGCCGGUCCGUGCGGGGCAGCCUGAAGAUGGAUAAUUACACGUCAGCCCCCGACGAUGACUAUGACGUCCUCAUCGAGGAUGACGUGAAUAGCGGCGAAGUAGAACAGUGCGUCCCCUACGACCCCAAGGUCCUGGCGGCCCGCGUGGUUCCGCAGCUCUCCACCGCCGUGUUCCUGGCAGGUCUCCUGGGCAGUGUCUGGGUCGUGCUUAUCCUGGUGAAACAUAAAGGACUCAAGCACAGGGAAAAUAUCUACCUCCUAAACUUGACCAUUUCAAAUUUGUGUUUCUUGCUGGCCCUGCCAUUCUGGGCCUACACUGGGACACACGGGGGGGUUCUCGACAACCCCUUCUGUAGAAUUCUAGUGGUACUGUACUCCAUAGGCCUGUACAGUGAAGCGUUUUUCAACGUCCUCCUGACCGUGCAGAGGUACCUGGAGUUUUUCCCUGUGAGCUUGCCCUCCACCACCCGGACAGCACGCUGGGGCUUGGUCUCAAGUGUUCUGGCGUGGGUCCUAGCCGCUCUGGUCAUUUUGCCCGAAUCCGUGUUUUACAAAGCUCGGAUGGAAAGCCAGACAUCCAAGUGCUUCUUCGGACGACCUCACUUCCUGCCGGCAGAGGAGACAUCCUGGAAGCGUUAUCUGACCUUAAAGAUGAACAUUUUGGGACUUCUUUUUCCACUGUGCGUUUUUGUCUUUUGCUACGCGCGAGUGAGAAAAAUACGAGGGUCUGGGGAGAGGAGGUCUGGACGUUCUAAGCUUGUUUUUGCCAUAAUGGCUCUUUUCCUUCUGAUGUGGGGACCCUACAAUAUCGCCCUUUUCCUCUUCACUUUCAAAGACUCUUUCUCCCUGCAUGACUGCAAGAGUGACUACAACCUGGACAGGAGCGUUCAGAUCCUGAGAAUUGUUGCGGCCACCCACUGCUGCGUCAACCCCCUCCUGCACACGUUCCUCGACCCCACAUUCAGAAGACACCUCUGCCGCCCUUGCUCAGUGUGCAGUGGCUGUCCGCUUCAGUCCAGGGAGGAAUCUACACGAGAGGCAUCCAGAGAAGGACACGACCAUUCCAUUCCCCUCCAAGCUAGUGUAAACUAGCUUCUGUCUAAGGCAGCACAAAUAA